AUGAACCAAAAAUGUGCCAGAGGGAUGGUCUUUCCUUAUAAUGAUGGGUUAAUUCACUCACUUCCUUUACGCGGAAAUCACUUGAAGGUUAUGAUAGACAGCAUAGAUGAAAGAUAUAAAGGUAUUCCUGUUCCUGUGAUGACAAAUGAAGUUGGUACCCUAGAAGAUGCAGUUGGCACUGUAAUUCAAUGGCCGCGGAUCGCAAUUGUUCUUAGUAAGGAACAACAAAGCAAGGCGUCAUCACAACAACAAAUUCAGACCACAAGUGCGCGACCAUCAACCGCAAAGGUUGUUAUGGAAAAAAACAUGCCUAACCAAAAGAUCAACAAACCAAGGCCAAUAGAAUCACUUCGCGACCUUUUGAAGACCAACCUAGUGGUUCAUGUAGUAGCCGAUGCUGGACAUCUAGAAGCUGGGGCGUUUGAUUUUUCAGUUACAUAUGAAGAUUAUUAUCGUUUGUUGAAAAAACAAACAGCUGAUUUGUCCAUCAUAACAACUUGGCAGAUCCUUUUACAAUUAAUGCUUCAAAAACGUAUGGGAAAGUGUGCUUUCUUAAACCCGUAUAAGAUUCUUGGGAAAGCCUGUCAGGAAACUCCGAUUGAUGUCGUCAAUUAUCUCGUUGAUGCGAUGCAACUUCAUCAUGGAAAAUCGUUUCUUAUCGCACCAUACCUGCAAAAGUAUCAUAUGUUGCUAUCUAUAUUCAUACUUAUUUUUUUGUGUGUUUUUAUACUAAAAUUUCAAAACAUUACUAGUAUGCAUUGGGUCCUCUUGGUGAUUUGCCCUUCAAAUCAUAUUGUCUACAUUUUGGAUUCUCUGAUGAAGCCUAUGAAAAAUCCGGUUGACAACUACUACCUUCUCAAACUUUUGGAAAAGGCUUUUGAGAGGUAUGAAAAGAACACAUCAAUUCCAAUUGUAUGGAAGCUCACUGAGUGCAACCAAGCUGGUGUAUUGGAACGUGAGCUGAGUGGACAUUAUGUAAUGAAUUGGAUCUUUGAUUUCGUGUUGAACAGACAACAUGGAUUUCCGAGUAGAUUUGGUACCCUUUGGAAUGACAAAAUUGCAUUUGAGGAAAAGGUGUUGGUUACAACUGUUGCUACAUGGGCCAGAGAAUUUCUGAAAAAUUUUAUGAAUGAUGUGGUUGUCUAAAAGUGCAUAUAAGUGAGGAUGAAGGGUAGCUGUUGUGUUUUGCUUUUAAGUGAGGUUGGAGGAUAGCUGCAACAUUUGAUUAUUGGACAAUACCUCUGCAUGGGAAAACAAUUUUAUUUUUGAAUUUAUUUAUGUAAGUUUGAUGUACUUCGAAAUGACCAAAUCAUGGAGUUUUU